UGCUACGUGCUUGGUGCUUCCGUGAAGCAUUGUGGAUUCUGUGUUUCAUGCGUCGAGCUUCGUCCUUGCUUCUUCGUGGAUUCGGUGCUUGGAGCAUCGUGAAUUCGCUGCUUGGUGCAUCGUGGGUUCGUGGUGAAUUCGGUGCAUGGUGCUGCGCGCUUCAUGGUUCGUGAAUCAUUGGUCCAUGCGACUUGAUGCUCCGCGCUCCGCGCUCCGCGCUUAGUGGUUUGGUGCUUCGUACUUUGUGAGUUGGUGUUUGCGUGAAUCGGUGCUGCGUGGAUCGGUAGUUCGCGCGUGGAUGGUGAGUUCCUGCUAAGUGCUCCGACGCGAGCUUCGACGUGGAUUCCUGCUAGAGGGAUUAUGCGGAUUUGGUACCCCAGUGUCAGUCAGGUGCACUGCUCCCCCUCCUCCUCCAGUUAUCAGGGGGGGCAAGCUAGCAUUGUGCUCAGCCGCAGCGGCAGCCGCGUCACAUAUAGCCCGUGGAUCAAUCAGCUGAUGGGUCCAAUGCAGGGGGCGCACAGAGAUAGCAAUGCGGCAGAUGCAUCGGCCGAAGAGUUCUCCCUGGGCCAUGGCUGGUCGCCGAUGGAUUUUCAAGCAGUGAUCUUUGCGGGUGGUUUAUCCAAGAAUCUUUAUCCUCUCACAUCACAGGAGGUGCCCAAGUGUCUGCUCCCUGUCGGCAAUCAUGCUCUUGUAUACUAUAAUCUCAAACUUCUAGAAGAUUGCGGUUUCAAGCACGCUCUGAUUGUGGUAAAGGGAGAGGAGGCAGCCUCACAAGUUGACUGCUGGCUAGGAGAUGCCUAUUCUGGCCAUCUCAUAGUUGAGGUCAAACAUGUCCAUGAGGAGAUGGAUUCUGCGGAAGCACUCCGCAAUGUUGCCUCCUUCGUCACAGCAAAUGAUAUAUUUGUCAUCAGUGGAGACACACUGUCGGAUGUCUCAUUGGGUGCUGUGGCGGCCAAGCACAGACUGCAAGGAUUGGUUGCCACUGUGGUUCUGUGCCAGAGGCCAGCCUCAAUCUCAGAACCCAGCGCAAAAGGGAAGGUGGCGAUUCCCCCUGUGAGAGAUUACGUAGGGCUGGAUUCAACGAACCAGCACCUUCUAUUUUUAGCGAAUGCUGAAGAUGUGGGUAAAGGCGAGCUCUCUGUGAGGAAGUCUCUGCUUCGAGCUUCUGGACAGAUGAAUCUGCGGAUGGAUAUGAUGGAUGCUCAUAUUUACAUAUUUAACAGAGAGGCUCUGAAGACUCUCCAGCUGCAACCAGGCAUAAAGAAUAUUAGACGUGACUUCAUUCCGUAUCUUGCACGCACUCAGUUGUCUUCAUCCAAUCCAGCUUCUGAGUCUUCCAACUUGGAUGGCACAGAAAUCCCCAUGUCGAUGGUACAGGAAAAGUCGCAUGCCCAUGUGCAAUCACAGCGGUAUAGCAUCGGUGCGUACAUUGCGGACAAGACCAAGUACUGUCGGAGAAUAAAUUCUCUUCAAGAGUAUGUUCAUGCUAAUUCAGAUGUUGCAGGUCAUGCGAUUGGUCUCACAGGUCUCUCACUAUCCACGAACAACAACGUUGUUGCCGCCACUGCAAUCAUCGGUCACCGGACCAUGAUUGGACCAGCAUGUAUUGUUGGCAAGGCUUCAAGCAUCGGAGAAAAGUGCAGCAUAAAGAAAUCCAUUAUAGGGGCCAAGUGCCAGAUUGGAAACAAUGUUAAGAUCACAAAUUCGGUUGUAGCCAAUGGUGCGAUUUUAAGAGAUGGGUGCACUGUUGCCAACUCUGUUAUCAGCAGAAACGCCGAUAUAGGCGAUGGAGCCUCAAUCAGCAGUUGCUUUGUCGGUCCAUCCGUUGCCAUCACAGCAGGUUUGCAAGUCAAAGAUGAGUCUCUUUCGAAGGAGUGAGAGGCCAUGUGUCCUCGUUUCAGAAGUCAAGAGACCUGGCAGGAGAUGCAGACACAGGUACAAUAUCUCAUGUGAAGCACUCUCUUUAUCUUUUUCUACCAUGUCGACAAAGUGAGUGUUUCUGGUAGGAGUCCUUUGUGACAUCUGUUACAACUGGAAUGAGACAGAGAAGAAGGGCAUGGCCCCUGUUUGCGUAAAAUUCCAUAAAUAGAGUUUCUGGGAUGACGAUUCUAGCAGCAGAUGUGUUGUUGACAAGUCAGACUGAAGUUGAUGUUCCGAAGAGUGCAAUGGUGUAGCCUGCUUGCAGUGUCGGGGCUGCGAAUGCUAGUUUUCAACAAAGCCAAGAUUGUGCACUGUGUCUCUAAGUCUUCAGCCAGCAGUUGUCAUUGCUGUGGCACUUUUUACUCCUACCAUUUUGGCAGAGUCACCAUUGGUUCGAAUUUUUAGCAACAAUAUGGUGGCAGCAUAACACUGGGCUCAGGCAACAGAGCGAAAUGGACAGAAGAAGCGGGUUGGAAAGGGGUUGCAGCAUCAAUCAGCAAAGGCCGACUAUAUGUGACCAGGUGUGUAAUGUCUCCUUGCACAGACAGUCAGCCUCGGUGGGAACUACUGGUUUGUCGUGUCAGUUGUAUGUUCAUUACGACCUUGAAGCCCCGUUGCAUCAUCAAAAUCACGAGUGCGGAACGUCCCAUUUCAGUGACAGGUGCUCUUUGUACUGCAGUGGCCAUCUGUUUACAAUCAGCAUUCAUCACCAUCACACAGAUACAACCACAUCUUACGGGAGCUGUCGCAUGUAGUUGGGGUUCAAGCUAGGCGCAGCGAUAACCUAAUCGGUGACGGGUAGUCUUUUAUGGUAUGUUGCCCAGAUGUUUACGAGUGGCGUCCAUCACCAUCACAAGGUACGUACAACCACGUCUUCAGGGGGCUGUUGCAUGCACUGGGGGCUCAAGCCUGGCCUGGCACCUGCGGAUAACGUGUAUUUGGCAGUGUGCUUUUGCGUGGCUCAUGGUUUGCUCUAGGUGUGCAGUGAUUGGAUCAGGUGGCGGACUACUCUUGUUCGUCCGGCUGAAGUGAAGCUGAGGGGCACAGUUCAUGCAUGCAAUUACGCCAGGGGGAACCUGGAUUUUUUUCCCUGAAAGAGUGUGUUCUCAUUCUUUUGGGAGGGCAAUUAGGUCGUGGCUGGAGAAUGAAGGGGCUGGUAUGAC